AAUAACAGUAAAUAAUUUUUUUUAACAAUACUAAAAUUGGUUUCCAUAGCUUUCAGCCGAUAAUUAGUCGUGUUUUAUUAUACAUGUUAUUCAAGUUUUACGAUUACUAUAUAAAACUUAUAUACUUCACAUCAAAAUUUAUCAUCUCGACAGUGUUUAUAAUUUGAAAAAAUGAUCAAAAACUGGAAAGAUUUUUUAAUAACUCUAAUUGAGCUGUGCAUUCUAACUUGUUAUUCAUUUUGCAUAUUUCUAGUCGUUUUGUAUAAACUCUAUCAAUACCUUAUUGCAAAGUAUGAACGGUCUGUAAGUGAAUCGUUCGACAAUAUAAACUCAUACAAUCUACGCAUGAUGACUGAAAUUGAUCUUAAUGAUAAACAUGGAACAUCAACGAAAACAGGAAUUGACGAUAGAAUUGCUGUAGAAGUACCAAUGGAAACAUUGGAACAAACAUACAAUAUGGUUAUAUGGAAUUCCGAAAUAAAAUUAGACGCUACCGUAAAAAGAGUAAUGAUUACAUUACCAAGAGACCUGGCAAAUCUAAUUGAACAUGAUAGACUUAAAAUAGACUCUUUAGAUCAUUUUAGGCCACAAAAGAAAUGUAUUAUAAAAAAGCAACCUUUGAAAAUGCAGUCAAAAUCUUUUAACGUUGUAGCGGAACGUAUUUGUUUGUUUGUCAGUGGGAAGAAACGGUACUUUGAUAAAUCUGAAGUGAUGUGUCCACAAAGUGUAAAAAUUCGUGUAUUAGACGGAACAAAAUGUGGCUCUUAUAAAUAUGGACAGUUAUAUUUUGAAAAAAAUGUAUUGAUACGUUCAGUUGUUUUGAAAUUGAAACCAGUUAUUGUGGUUGGAAUGUAUUGUGACUAUGUACGUAAGUAUCAGAAUAUGAUUCCAUUGCGUCCAGUAGUAUAAGUUAUAUCAUCUUCACAAAAGACGAGAUAAUUUUAGUAAGUUACUUAAAGAUUUUAAGUAUAUAUUACACAAAGGUUAAUAAAAAUAAAUAACUGAAUAAUAUAA